AUGUUCCGUUGGUCAAGCCAGAUGGAGCUUAAAAACAGAAAGCAGGCUGGUAUUCAACAGCUAUAUGACGAACUCAAAGGGACGCCGCCCAGUGUGCCCUCCAUGGAGGCUUUCAAGACUUAUAUUGAGUCCCUUAGUCGCAUCCACAACAGUUUACAUGUUUUCAAUUGUGGCUAUCGUCAUCGGGAAAAACGUGCGUUACUGUAUUCCCAAAGACAAAUGGUUCAGGACAAGAUGGCGGACACUCUCCUCGGCGACCCUGCCGAAUCAAAAAUUGCCCCACAGUGGGUGUACAAACACUCUCGAAAAAGCCGCCGCCGCCGCCGCCGAAGAAAAGCCCGCAAGAAUGAGCACAGGCCCGAGGGUCAAGCGAUAGUGGCAUUUGGGGACGCGGAUUUGAAACCGAUGAAACGACAUGCGCCCGUCCCGAUCAAGGGGUUCCGGAAAGUCCUUGCUCGAAAAGCACUGGUAAUGUGCGUUGACGAAUAUCGAACCAGCAAGGUGUGCAAUCGGUGCGAUUCGGAGACUAUGGAAGUACGGGAUGACCAGAUCCUCGUAUGCAGCCACAAGAAAAAGACUUUCAAACGUAAAAAUGUCGACAAAAGGCCUCGAAGCCGAUGUCUAGAUGACGAGGGAACGUUAUUUCCUAUUCAUCAGUUUGUAAUCAAAGAAGAACUGCAGGCAAGUCAUUUUGCUUAUUGA